GUAGGCAACUAAAGAUAUGAAACUGUCGCAUUUAGUUGUAGUUAUUUUUUCCGCAAUCGUUGCGGUGUCUGCAAACAAAAUUCCGUUUCAAAGCUCGGCAAUAUAUCUACGGGAUCUAACAGCAGCACAAGGACGCAUCACAAAUGGAGAGAAUGCAGCUGAAGGCCAGUUUCCUUAUCAGGUAGCGUUAACGUUCACUAGUGCGAAAAGUGGUGGCUGGUCAUGCGGUGGCUCUAUAAUCGGACAUGAAUGGAUUCUAACAGCUGCACACUGUACCAAAGGUGCCUCAUCUGUUGAUAUAUAUAUGGGCUCCACUAUACGUUCAAAUCCGAGAUUAGCAUAUACUGUUGAUAGCAAUAACUUUAUACAACACAAAGGCUACAAUUCGUUAACUACAACAAACGACAUCUCUUUGAUUAGGAUACCAUUGACAUCUUUUAAUGAGUACAUUAGUAGCAUUGCACUUCCUAAAAUAACUUCGGUUUAUUCGAGCUAUACUGGGCAGAAGGCAAUUGCAUCUGGUUGGGGUUUAACUACCGAUUCUUACCUAUCCGCACCGGCUAGUUUGCAAUAUGCUUUCCUACAAGUUAUUGAUAACAGCAAGUGUGUGCUUAGCUAUGGACCACUGACUGUGGUCUCAAGCACAAUUUGUACUUCCACCACAGAUGCCAUAUCCACAUGCCAGGGUGAUUCCGGCGGACCACUAGUCUUACUAUCGACGCAAGAACUUAUUGGUGUUACUUCAUUCGUUAACACCGCUGGCUGUCUAUCUGGCCGUCCAGCAGGCUUUGCACGUGUAACCAGCUACUUAGACUGGAUUAAGGAAAAUACAGGCAUUUACUAUUAAUUGUUGUUAA